UGCGCGCACACUGAGCUUUGCGCAUCUGGUCGUCAUCAGCAGCAGCAGCAGCAGCUCCUCCUGCUCAGAUGUGACUCAGCCAGAGUGGGAAGACAGCUUCUUCGUCUUCUUCUUCUUCUGCUCAGAGGACUUCUGUGAAAAAACUUCUUCAAAACUUUUCUCUCUGCGGCAGCAGCAGCAGCAGCAGGACGCGCUGAUUUUUCUCUUGUUUUGGCGUUGACGCGCGCCGCCGGAUGGAUUGUGUUUAGGGGUUUGUUGGAGAAAAAAGCAGCCGCAGGCGAGGAGAAAACUUUGCUGAAGUUUGUUUAAGCCCUGCGCGGCUAAUCUGGAUGUGAACAGACCCGCGUUCUGCUCGGAAGAACCGGAGUCUGUCUCUCUCUCUUUCUCUUUCCCUCUCUCUCUCUGUGGCUGGUUUUUGGAGGCGCGGAUCUUGUUGGCUCGCUUGUGAUUCAUCUCUUUCUUCUUCUUAUUACCGCACCGUUUCUUUCCGCCGUUCCCCCACUUGCGUCAUGACUUCUAGCUAUGCACAUGUAAUGGACAGGCAAGCAUCGAUAUCAAACCGCCUGGAGAGCCCGAUCACGUCUAACCUGGACAACCUGCAAGCCAAAAAGAACUUCUCGGUCAGCCACCUGUUGGAUCUGGAAGAGGCCGGGGAAAUGGUCGGCACCCAGGCGGACGAGAGCAUCGGGGAGGCGGGGAGGAGUAUGCUGGAGUCCCCGGGGCUGACCAGCGGGAGCGACACGACCCAGCAGGAGAAUGAACAGAUGAACACGGAGGAGAAAAAGAAGAGGAAGCAGCGCAGGAACAGGACCACCUUCAACAGCAGCCAGCUCCAGGCUCUGGAGCGAGUGUUUGAGAGGACACACUACCCCGACGCCUUCGUCAGAGAGGACCUGGCCCGCCGCGUCAACCUCACCGAGGCCAGAGUCCAGGUUUGGUUCCAGAACCGGAGAGCUAAGUUUCGCAGGAAUGAGCGCGCCAUGCUGGCCAGCAAAAACGCCUCGCUCCUCAAAUCUUACUCCGGAGACGUGACGGCGGUGGAGCAGCCAAUCGUACCGCGCCCUGCACCGCGCCCAAACGACUACCUGUCCUGGGGCAGCGCCGCCCCCUACAGCCUUUUCCUCGCCCUCAGUCCCAUCGCUCCCCUCUGUCAGCAUGAGCAGGGCGGGCCCAGAUCCUGUGACCCUCCUGACGAGCUGGUAUCCGAUGCCGGAGGGGGGGCCAGUGCGAGUGCCACAGAAAAUGCUGCCCUCAGAGAACAACCGUUGGUUUCUACAGUAGAAGAGAAUCGAGCAGUGAGCAUCAUGUCUGCUCGUUUGCUGCGGCUCACGCUGAGCUUCAGCUCGCUGUCAGCCACAGGUGAUGUAACCCCCCUUUUCCUCCCCCCUUGCUCUUGUCUCUCAGCGCCAUGGCAACCUACCCGCCCACCUGCUCCAACACCAACACGUCCCAGGGCAUGAACAUGGCCAACAGCAUCGCCAACCUGCGGCUCAAAGCCAAGGAGUACAGCUUGAACCAGGUGCCCACGGUCAACUGAGAGGAGGAGAGGCCGGGGAAGCGCUCCGCCGCUGGACCCCCACGGACGGACACCGUUUCUGGGUCCAGCAUCAUCUCACACACCCCGGAUCGUGAAGCCGCCUCUUCUUUUUCACGGAGCAGCCCCUGUGGCGAUACUACACCUAUAUGCAAAAAAUUGUUUGGACACCGAGCGCUGGCAGGAUGUUUUUCCAAAGCUGCCUUUUUUUUUUUUAUUUUUAAAUUUUUUUUUUUAUUCUCCUGAGCAUCACUGAACUCUACUUUUGUACAAAAAAAUAAGAGACACCUAGACUGGAUGCUGUAGCCGACAAAUAUCUGCGUAGUUUUACAAUUUUGUGAUUGUGACUGAAAUGGAAAGUUUUGGUUUUUUUUAAUCAGAGAAGUUGUUCUCGACGGAGACUCGUGUAAGGACUACGUGGAUUUUCCCUUCGUCCCCCGUGGCUGUCGGAUAGAAUGACAACCGAUUUGGGAUCAACAACACUAUUUUUUCAACAACAAAACCGCGAGGACUUCCUCUGACAUUUAUGCAAUUAAAAGAAAAAGAUAGAUUUGUUUUUCCACAUUUCUUUCCAUGUUAUACCACUGAUGACGAGCAUUUUGAUUUUCAUGUAAUAGUCCAAUAUAAAGGAAAAGGCUAAUGUAUUUCUGAAUCCAAAAACCAUCACUUAAUAUCCUAUGAUAUCCUUUAUUUGUAACAGAAUAAAAACUUGUAAAUUAAUAAAAAUGCAUUACAAGCAA